AAACAACAGACGCUCGACCAGCGUCCCGGCUUCCGUAGGUGGACGGCUCCGCGGUCCCGGAUGUUGUUAUGCCACCUGCCCCGGAAACGGUGGCCGGAGGCUCAAGGGGGCGGGGGCGGCGUUGCCCGGCUCUCCGGAAGGAGACGUGGCGGCGGUUGGGACCCCGUCUGCCUCGGCGGUUUAUAGUCCCGCCGCCUCCUCCUCCUCCUACUGCUCCUCUCCUCCUUGGACAGAGGAGAUUGUGGCGGCGGCUGGAGAAAACAGCAGCCGAGGAUGGAGGAAGGAGGCGGCGGCGUGCGGAGUCUGGUGCCCGGUGGGCCGGUGUUACUGGUCCUCUGCGGCCUCUUGGAGGCGUCCGGCGGCGGCCGAUCGCUCCCUCCGCUCAGCGAUGACAUCCCUUUUCGAGUCAACUGGCCCGGCACCGAGUUCUCUCUGCCCACAACUGGAGUUUUGUAUAAAGAAGAUAAUUAUGUCAUCAUGACAACUGCAGAUAAAGAAAAAUAUAAGUGCAUACUUCCCCUUGUGACAAGUGGAGAUGACGAAGAAGAAAAGGAUUAUAAAGGCCCUAAUCCAAGAGAACUUUUGGAACCACUAUUUAAACAAAGCAGUUGUUCAUACAGAAUUGAAUCUUAUUGGACUUAUGAAGUAUGUCAUGGAAAACACAUUCGGCAGUACCACGAAGAGAAAGAAACUGGUCAAAAAAUAAAUAUUCACGAGUACUACCUUGGGAAUAUGUUGGCUAAGAACCUUCUAUUUGAAAAAGAUCGAGGAGCAGAAGAACAGGAAAAAUCAAAUGAGAUUCCCACUAAAAAUAUUGAAGGUCAGAUGACACCAUACUAUCCUGUGGGAAUGGGAAAUGGUACACCUUGUAGUUUGAAACAGAACCGGCCCAGAUCAAGUACUGUGAUGUACAUAUGUCAUCCUGAAUCUAAGCAUGAAAUUCUUUCAGUAGCUGAAGUUACAACUUGUGAAUAUGAAGUUGUCAUUUUGACACCACUCUUGUGCAAUCAUCCUAAAUAUAGGUUCAGAGCAUCGCCUGUGAAUGACAUAUUUUGCCAGUCACUGCCAGGAUCACCAUUUAAGCCCCUCACCCUAAGGCAGUUGGAGCAGCAGGAAGAAAUACUCAGGGUGCCUUUUAGAAGAAAUAAAGAGGAAGAUUUGCAGUCAACUAAAGAAGAACGAUUUCCAGCAAUCCACAAACCCAUUGCCGUUGGCUCUCAGCCAAUGCUCACUGUUGGAACAACGCACAUAUCAAAAUUGACAGAUGAUCAACUCAUAAAAGAGUUCCUGAGUGGGUCUUACUGCUUUCAUGGGGGUGUUGGUUGGUGGAAAUAUGAAUUCUGCUAUGGCAAACACGUACAUCAAUACCAUGAGGACAAAGAUAGUGGGAAAACUUCUGUGGUUGUGGGGACAUGGAACCAAGAAGAGCAUAUUGAAUGGGCUAAGAAGAAUACUGCUAGAGCCUAUCAUCUUCAAGACGAUGGUACCCAGACAGUCAGGAUGGUGUCACAUUUUUAUGGAAAUGGAGAUAUUUGUGAUAUAACUGACAAACCACGACAGGUGACUGUGAAACUAAAGUGUAAAGAAUCAGAAUCUCCUCAUGCUGUUACUGUAUAUAUGCUAGAGCCUCACUCCUGUCAGUAUAUUCUUGGGGUUGAAUCUCCAGUGAUCUGUAAAAUCUUAGAUACAGCAGAUGAAAAUGGACUUCUUUCUCUCCCCAACUAAAGGGUAUUAAAGUGGAGGAAGGAAAAGAUUGGAAGUCAUGAUUUCUGUCUGACCAUGUGUCUCAUUGUAGAGUUCUUAGCCACCUGACCUCACCUAAAGGAUCGUAAAAAAGGACUCUCAACCACUUUGUGAAUAUAUGUGUAUAUAAGAGGUUAUUGAUAAACUUUUAAGUCAGACGUGUCUUACUUUUUUCAUAUUUGUUGUCUUAUGAACAGAUUUUGUUUUUUCUUUGCUUGGAUAAUGUGAUUCCAAAAUAAAUCUGAUCCAAGCACGUUA